AUGUCGCCCUCGCGCUUGGGUCGACUAGCAAACAUUGUGUGCAGUGCGCUCUUGACCUCAUCGCCGCUGCUUCUGCUGCCAACUCAAGUCACCGCUUGGCAGUUUCCCGACGAUCUCGUAUUUGGAUGGGCGACUCUCACGCACUACGAUCUGCCUGACGACUACAUCGCAUCCUGCGGCUGCGUGGGUCGAUCAACUCGCCAUCCGACCGCAGCGAUCAACAGCUUGGUGUAUGGCUCCAACGGCUCUUUUGGACCGGCCUGCGGGCUGUGCGCUGAGCUCCAACUACUGAACACGCCACUUGCACCGCUUCCUCCAGAAGGCGAUGGAUUGGAUCUCGGCAGCGAUGGGCCCUCUGUUGUGGUAAAGGUGACCGACAAGUGCCCUGGCACAGACUGGUGCGGCGCAACGAGCGACAAACCAAACAGGCUGGGCGCCUACGUGCACUGGGACUUGGCGUGGCCAAGCAAAGGCAUCGCAAGAGACUUCUUUCCAGGAGAUCACGACUAUGGCGUGUGGAAUGUUAGCUACAGGCUCGUAUCUUGCUCGCGAUGGGCCGGCUCCAACGAUCCAGCGGCUUUGGGUUCGGAUUGGGCACAAGAAUCGAGCGCCUGUUGCCCCAGCGAUCCCGAUCUGCACAGUCUCAUUUCCGCAAUCGCACCCACACCGCCGUCUGAAGCGCCAACCCCCGUGGCCACACCAUCGGCAUCAACAUCGAGCUCGAACAGCACACUCGCUCAAAGCCAGGACUUGCUCACAAAUUCUAGCUCCUUGAGCCCUACCCGGAGCUCGACCUUGACACGCAGCUCAACCUCCGCGCCGCUCAGCACCUCCUUGCAAGGACGAGCACAGCACGUUCGUGCGCACCAUGAUCAUCAUCUACAGCUGCAUGACGCUCGCCAAUACCUGCACACAGAAGGGGUGAGCGAGUGGUCGGAAGUUGCUCAGCAGCCCAAAGCAUCUCUUGUUCGUCGAGCAGCCGACGUAACACCGGAAGAAGGUCGCCGAGCGGUUUGUCCGUCCUACGACAGCGUGGCGGUAAGCGGCGAAGGUUUCGGCGUCGUGCCCAACACUUCGAAUCCGCUGAGCAACCGCAUCAAGCAUUGGAAUUCUGCUGCGCGGGAUGCCCCUUCCAUACCCUGGUGGAGCUUGAGCGCUUUGGCUGGCGCGUGGAGCCUUUGGGAUGCUCUACCUCCUCUUGCAGCCUCUGCUCAGGUGCUUCCUGAGCAAGCUCGCUACGACAUUCGACCAUUGCUGGACGAUGACCCACCACUUCUUAUGUCGACCGAUGCGGCAUAG